AUGGAAUUCAACCCAAAAGAAAGAUUUGACGACAGAGAUACAAUUAAUGGUUCUUAUGAUGUAUGGCUGAAAAAUCAUCCUUCUGCCUUAAGCUCUUUUGAUGAAAUAAAGAGAGUGGCUCAUGAGAAACAGAUUGUUGUAUUUUUGGAUUACGAUGGAACCCUCUCACCAAUUGUAAACGACCCUAGUCAAGCUUACAUGUCUGAUGCAAUGCGUUCGGCGGUAAGAAAAGUUGGUAAACAUUUCCCAACUUCAAUUAUCUCUGGAAGGUCUAGGGAUAAGGUGUUCCAAUUUGUGAGAUUAAAUAAUAUCUAUUAUGCUGGAAGUCAUGGGAUGGAUAUAUCAACCCCAUCAGUUUUUCUCUAUUACGGUUACCACAAGCAUCAAACUAGGACUAUUGAUGAAAAGGGUAAUGACAUGGUUAACUUCUGCCCAGCACAGGACUUCUUGCCUAGAAUUCAAACAAUAAAGGUUAUGUUGCAAGAAAUAACAAGAGGCAUAAAAGGUGCCAUGGUUGAAGACAAUAAAUUUUGCCUCUCCGUACACUUUCGAUGUGUGAAUGAAGAUAAUGUCGGCGUACUUAAGGAGAAGGUGGAAUCAGCAAUGAAAUCCUAUAAAGACUUUCGUAUAUCCGAAGGAAAAGAGGUCAUGGAAAUCCGACCUAAUAUAAACUGGGAUAAAGGUCUUGCUUUGCAAUAUUUACUUGAUACUCUUGGUUUUGAAAAUUCUAGCGAGGUCCUUCCUAUAUAUAUAGGAGACGAUAAAACUGAUGAGGAUGCUUUUAAGAUGAUUAAGAACAUUGGAAGAGGAUUUCCUAUAGUUGUUUCUUCUACUCCAAAGGAGACAGAAGCCCUAUACUCUUUACGUGACCCUAUAGAGGUCAUGUCCUUCCUAAUACGUUUAGCAAAGUGGAAAAAGGAUUGUGGAUAUAAAAAAACAUCUUUGUUUGGUAUGUUUAGGAGGUUAAUUAGGUAG